UUGAGCGACUAAGGUCAAAGUUGAAGCUACAUGCGUAAAUAAUGAGUCUGGUUAGUUAGCUAGCUGUAAGGUCCAUAUAGUUAAACGGUAUCUUUUCAAUCAUAAGCACAAUGAAAGUACUCUAAUGUUAGCACUUGCGAAUGCUCCGAUUAGUUAGAAUCGGAAAUGGACGCCUUGGAGUGUGUUUUUGAUGAAGUUGCACUUGAGGGUUUGGACGGGAUAACUAUAUCUGCGCUGUGGACGAGACUGGAAAACAGGAGCCCUCCGUUUACCCUCUCUACUUUAGAUGCGCCCACGAAGGAAUACCUGUGGAGGUCCCUGCUCUGUAACACCGAUAUCAGUUUCUAUGAACUUCCUCAAGCGAGGAAACCAAUCGUGUUGACUGACCGGUUUGCAGAGAUAGAUCCGGAGACGGGCAUUCAAGAAAUUCGGCGGCUCACUUUUGACGCAGAUGAUGCGGUCUAUCCAGUUCAUAUCGUCCAAGACGACAAGAAUGGAAUUCAGGGCUCUUGUCUGUAUUUUAAGGAGCGGAAAGACAUCACAAGUAAAUUACGGCAGGACAACUUGACGCCUAUCCUCACGCUUGAACAAGUUGUUUUAAAGUGGGGCGAGAAGCUAGUUGCCGUGGCAUUACAGGCGGUCCGGUACCGCACUCUGAUUGGUCCUGAGGGCAACCCUGAGCUGAGGCUUUCAGACACAUCCUACUGCAUCCUCGAGCGGCUUGGAAGGGCACGAUGGCAGGGAGAGUUGCAAAGAGACCUGCAUUCAAACACAUUCAAGGUGGACGCGAGGAAGAUGCACUACCUGCGGCGGUCACUGGACAGGAACAACAUGAUCACCAUGCAGACGCACGUCAUCCGCCUGGCCAGUGGAGGCCAGCAGUGCUCCAUCCUGCUGCUGCUCAAACGCUUCCACGUGGACAGGAGAGGCAAGUAUGACAUCCUCAUGGAAAGCACGUCCAACAUCCUCUCCUCUCUGCCCAACAACAUUGGGAUCAUGAUCAAGCUCAGACAUCAGCUGAAUGUCUCGGAGCGCACCUUUAAGCGUGUGUACCACUCCAUGGUGGCGGCUAAGCUAAUAGAGGUGCUCACUCUUCCUCUGUACAAAGUCGCUCUCGACGCAGGGCCCAUCAAGACCAAGAAGGGAACUGACGUCGUAGUGCGCUGCAUCAAGCUUCUGAAGCCCUACGGGAAGAAGAAGGAGGAUGAUGAUGAUGAAGACAACGACGAUGAUGACAAUGAUGGAAACAAUCUGAUUGCUGAGGGGCGGGACAUGGAGAGAGAUGUGGCGUCUCAGGCUUAUGAGAUUGUGGUGACGGCCGGGACCAAAGGCAUCUCUCAGAGUGAGCUCAGGAGGCGCCUGAGUGUGGGCAAGCUGGAGGGGCGCAUGAUCUGCAGACUGCUAGAGAGAAACGACAUGAUCAAGGGGUUCAUGGAGGACGUGGGCCGCCAGCGCACCACCAAGUACAUCAGCAAGCUGUUUGUGGAGCAGAGCGAGCUCAAGCGCCAGUUCACCAAGGAAACGGAGCGCAGCGAGCUGCUGCGCGGCGUCGGAGGAGGAGGAGGCCACACACACACUCACACACCCGCCCCGCGGCCGGGCGCCUCGGCGCGACAGGAACAGGAGAAGAAGAAGAAAAAGAAGGAGGAGGAGGAGGAGGAGGAGGAGGUGGCGGUGGUGGGUUUGGGGCCGAAACAGGAACUAGACCCAGAGGCGGAACCAGAACUGAAAAAGGUUCAGGAACCAGAAGGAGAGGAGAACCAAGAGGGGGAAGAGGAGGAGGAAGAGGAGGAGGAGGAGGAGGAGGCGGCAAGUGGGAAGGGAGCUAAGGGCAAGGGCAAAGGCAAAGGGAAGGGCAAGGGCAAGGGGAAGGGCAAAGUUGAGGUUGAGGAGGCAGCAGCAGCCCAGAGCCCGGGCACACAGGAGAGGCUGGCUGCUCAGGGCACUCCAGCCCGGCUGAGACAGACCAAACUCAACUUCAACAGCACCAGGCAGUCUACCCCACAGAGAGCAAAGACUCCGCCCUCUAUGAUUCUGGUUGGUGACGAAACACUGAAGCUCUUGGAGCAGGAGGGACAUGGUGUGGAAUUUGACCAAUCAGAGCUCACCAUGGACACCUCCACUGCCACUGUCCCUGACCCUGGUCCCGCCUCCAGUCACAGCCACAGCCACAGCCAAUCACUUCCUAAGGGCGAGAGUGUCUCAGUGGUGGAAGAGGUGCUCGAUCCUGGAGCGAAACUGCCGGACAGGAUCGGGCCUGCGGGGGGAAAGCAGAAUAAGGUGACGUACCGGCUCCUGAAACGCAAGAACAUCAUCAUCGAGACCGUCCGCAGCCUCAAGAUCAUCGAGAGUCUAUACACUCUGCAGAGGAUGCUGAUGGACGAGGAGAAGGCGGACGGCGUGAGCACUAAGGUGUGUAAGAAGAGUAUCGUGAGGCUCGUCAGGAGUCUCUCCAGGGAGGGGCAGCUGAGGCUCUACAGGACCACCGUCAUACAGGAGGGCAUCAGCAAACGGGUGGAGUUUGUGGUUCAUCCCUCUAUCACUCCUGAUGACCCACUGAUCAAGAGCGCUAUAGAACAAGUCCGCUUUCGCAUCUCUGGGUCCUACUCCGCCCUCAGGAUACGGGCCCUGGAGGAUAAGAAGGCUAAGGAGAAGGAGAAGGAGCCGCCGCCGACACAGCCCUCCAAAACCCCACACAAGCUGGACGAGAAGAUGGGCAUCAAGCCCCUCAAGAACUUCCGGCCCUCCAUAGUCCCGGGUUAUGGCCGUGCUCUUGGCUUCCAGCCUAAGAUGCCGCGCCUGCGUCUGGUCCACACCUUCAUCUGGUACGUGGUGUAUGGGCACCCACUCAGGCAGGCCCCCUCCUCUAACCCGGAAGUGAACACAAAGGAUGUGACUCCUGGUGCAUCAGGGCCCGGACAGGGCGCAGAGAUGAACACACAGGAAGCUGCAUCAUCAUGCACGCCUGCAGCGGAACAGGAAGUGACUUCGGGUGAUCAGGAACUGCCAAAUGAUAGUAACCUUACUGAGGAAAUGCGUGUCUAUGUGGAUGAGGUGAGCUGGAAGCGCUAUGUUCCUCCUCUGCCGCUGCAUAAGGAGUUUGGGUCUGGAUGGGCCCUGACCAGCGACAUCCUCAUCAUCCUGCCACUCUCCCUCUUAAUCCAGAUCGUCCACAUCAGCUACAAGGUUGAUGGUCUGGAGGAGUACCUGAAUGACCCCGUGAAGAAGCACUACCUGGUCAGGUUCCUCCCCUCGUCCAUGAAGAGACAGCUGCUCUACAAACGGAAGUACGUGUUUAGCUUCUGUGAGUGUAUGGUCCGCCUCAGCAGCAUGGGUCUGAUGCAGUUCGGGCCCGCGGAGAAGUUUCAGGAGAAAGAUCAGGUGUUUGUGUACAUGAAGCACCACGCCACCAUCACCGACACCACCAUGUGCGAGCCCCACUAUAACCAGGCCGUAAGCAGCUCACGGCCCUUCGAGCGCCGCCGGUACCAGUUCCUCACCGCGCAGGAUGUGGACAGCUACUGGUUUGACCUGCUGUGUGUGUGUCUCAACACGCCGUUAGGUCUGAUUCGACCACACGUUUUGGAGAAUGAGGACCCAGAGAGAGAGAAGCCAGACCCGCACAAAUACCCACGGAUACGCAAUUCACUUCCACGCAGCCGUGACAUCAUAGACGACGGCGUUACCCCUGGCGACGGUCUCGGGGCGGGCGGUCUGGACUCCGAGUUCUACGCCCACCUGAAGAGAAACUGGAUCUGGAACUGUCACCAGCUUGAAAAGACAAAGAGCAGUGCGUUAAGCCUUGAUACCAGCCCCUGUGUGCGACUACGCAACCUUCUGAACAAACACCUGCUCUCCAAGAACGUCUUUGCAGUGAGCGACAAAGGUAGCCCCUGCAACGCCAAGCUCCUGAUGCCGAAGGUGGUGGAGGAGGAGGUCCAGGUUGCCAUGGAGCCCAGCUCGCGGAACCAACAGAACCGCGGCGGCCGCAAGCAGAAACGCAAACGACUGAAGAAACAGAAAGAGAAGAAGGAGAAGAAGACCAAAGAACCGGUGGUGCGUCAGUUCCUGGAUAAGACGGACCGUGACGCCCUGCAGAGGAUGACCCGUAAGCGUGUGGCCUGGUGCCAACAGGAGGACAGUCUGCUCAUGCUCUGUAGGGUGGCCUGCCACUUCCUCAACCGCAAGAUCAAGAAGCCGUUUGUGCCGUGGCAGGUCGUGAGGGACCUGCUGCACGCUGAGUUCGAGGCGUCUCUGGAUAAAACCUCUCAUGCUGUGGGCCGCCGCGCACGCUUCAUCAUGAAGAACCCGCAGACCUUCCUUAACUUCAAGAUCUGUCUGGCUGAGGUGUAUCAGGAUAAACUUCUGGUGGCUGAGUUCAACAACAGAACUCAGGACUACAGAAACCCACAGGUGUGCACUGAGGAGUUUAAGGAGUUUGUGGCUGUGUUGAGGAGGAAGUUCAGCAAAGCAACAGGAUCCUGUAAGAUUGAAAUACCAGACUCAAAACAGGAGCUCUUCCAGAAGUUUAAGGUUUACGCCAUUGGAGACGACUCACCAGGGGACUCAAAGGAUGUUCUCAAGAGUGAAGACGACAUCCACUCUCUAGUUCUAAAUAACCUCAUCCAGAGCACGCUGGCUGUGUCCAACCAUCAAGUGAAGACCAGACUCUCUUUUCAGACGUUCCACCUCUACAGUAGGUAUAAGCAUGACAUCCUGUACGAGGCCUUCCUGAAGUGUCAGAAGAACGGCCUGGUCAACCGCCGCAGGAAUGAGCAGCGCUACGGCGUCAAGAAGGACCGCUCCCUCCCCAUCAUGCCCAUGUCCUAUCAGCUCUCUCACAGCUACUACAAAAUUUUCACAUGGCGCUUCCCAGCCAGCAUGUUCACUGAGGCCUUUGACCACAUGGACAAACUAAUCAAGGCCGGAGGGGUGGACCAACCCAGCACCAUCUACAUCCAGUCCAAAGACAACGAACAAGAGAAGGAGAAGGAGAAGGGUGGAGAAGAGAUGGAGGAGGGGGCAGAGAAAGAGGAGGAGAAGAAAGAGGAGGAGAAGAAAGAGGAGAAGAAGAAAGAGGAGGAGAAGAUCAGUGAUGAGAUGGGGGAGACUACAGAUACGGAGAUGCAAAAUGAAGGAGACGGAUGUCUCACUGACACCAAGGAGAAGUCUCCCUCCGAGGCUCGAGGAGAGGAGGCCCCGUCGAGGGGCGCGGACGCCCUGCUGUCGCCUGAGAAGCUGGAGGGGAUGGUGCUGUUCCCCCUGGACGCUCCAGGGGGCGCCUGUCUGGCCUGCCUCAGCCUCAUGACCCUGGGCAUGCUGUCUGUGGACGUGUCCAUCCCUGAGCAGAUCCUGGUAGUGGACAGCAACCUGCUGGACAGCGAGGUGGUCAAGAGGCUGGCAAAAGAGAUCCUGGAGGAGGAUGAAGAGGAUGAGGAAGGUGGAGAGGAAGGCAAUGAGUCCAGGAAGAAGAUCGAGGUGAAGGCGUCCCAGGCGUCCCACACUAACUACCUGCUGAUGCGGGGCUACUGCAUGCCUGGCAUCAUCAACUCCAGGGUCCGGGUCACCUCUGCCGACAGCGUGGUGGUCAACGCCUGCACCGUGCACGUCAGGCUGAGGGACACGCCCGCACACACACUCUUCAAGGACCGGGACUCCCCCAUCCUCUCUGCCUUCAAGACGUCUGGCCUGUGCGAGGUCCCGGAGCGCUUCUCCCGCAUCUUCCAAUCGGAGGGGUCGGACGCGGGCAAGCUGGCCCAGCGCUGUGAGGCCGAGCUGGGCUACGGCGCCGCCGACGUGAGCGGCGCCCUGGAGGUGUGGAGGGCUGUGGACGAGUGCCGGAGCUACGGGGUCGACCUCAAGGAGCUGCUGAAGAGCUUCAGUCACCUGGUGGAGACGGACGAGGAGAGGAAGAGAGGACUACAGCAGUAUAUACAGGACGUGGUGUCUCUGGAGGAGCUGGUGGAGGUGGGCGGCCGCUCCCUGCGCCUGGUGUCCCUGCGUCACGCGCAGCCCUGGCUGCUGCACUCGGUGCGGGUGCUGGCCCGGUCCGGCCAGGCCUCGGCCCACGCCCUCCACGCCCUGCGCGCCCUCCGUCUGCCCGAGUGGAGGCAGAAACAGCGGGUCAAGCGCCCCCACAAGAGGCCCCUGGGCCUGGAGCACAUGGUGAAGGAGAAGCCUGGAGAAGAGGAGGAGGAGGAGGAAGAGGAGGAGGAGGAGAAGGGGGGACCGCCGCCAAGGAAGAGGGUGGCAACAGAGACGGAGGUUGCCGGUGGGGAGGAUAGCGUGGAUGUGGCAGAGAGCAGCGUCAUGGAAACGGAGAUGUGGGAUGCUGAGAGCACAGUGGUUGGUGAGGAGGAGGAGGAGGAGGAGGAGGAUGCCAGUCAGAUGGAGGAAGAGGAGAGGAAGAAGAAGGGGGAGGAAGAGGAGAAGAAGGAGGAGAAGAAAAAGGGGGAGGAAGAGGAGGAGAAGAAGAAGAAGGGGGAGUCGGCCCCGCUGAGUGGCGCAUCAUCAACGUGCGACGGCGCUGAACAACAGACAAGCAGUUCUGAGCCGAAAGAUCCCGAUGGCCCUGCAGAGGAACAGUCCAUCGACCACAUCAGUUUUCUGAGUCGCCCGUGGCGCUCAGUGGACGGGUCCAUCAACCGCUCGGUGUGUAAGGGCAUGCUGGAGGGGCUGCUGGACCACAUCAUGAGUCGCCCCGGCAUCACCGAGCUGCAGAUCAUCCAGCACUACACCCACGUGCUGCAGCCCAUCGCCGUGCUGGACCUGGUGCAGACGCUGCUGGAGCUGGGCUGUGUGCAGCGGCGCUACCUCCGCCAGCCCCCCCGCGCCUCCCUCUUCUCCCCGGUGCAGCGUUCGGAGGAGGUGCGGGGUGAGGAGGUGGCGGCUCGCCUCGGCUACACGGCCUUCUACGAGCCCACGGUGGAGGCCGGGCUCGUGCUGGCUAGGGCUUACCCCCACGAGAGGAACUGGAACCACUGGUCCGCCCUGCAGAACCAGCACUUGAGACAACAGAGGACCCAAGAGGGUGUGUGAGUGAGUGAGUGUGUGUGUGUGUGUGUUUCCAUGUGUGUGUGUG